AUGAAGUUAGUACGAGGAAUAAUAAUAACAUAUUUACUUUGCUAUAACAUAGAAUUAAAAGCCAAGCAGAUGAAGCGCAACUAUUCUUUUUUAGGUAGAUUGAGCAAAUUAGAAUCUAUCUGGGAAGGAGGAACUCCUAUCGAAGGAUUUCACGUAAAGGACGACCCCGGAGAAGGGGAAAUUUCCCAAGGGAUGAACGAAACAAACAACGUUGUGGAGGGAGAUGAACACCCCAAUCUUAGAUCGAAUUUUUCAUUCAUUCAGGGAAAAGGAAGGGAAGAAAUAGAAUUAGCCGAAAGAAAAAACAGUGAAUGGAAUAAAGAGAAGAAUAAUUCACUGAGUAAUCACCAAAGAGAAAUCAAAUUUGUCCAUGACAAUACACAUAUAGCUACAGAAGAAAUCAUGAAAGAAGGAGAAAACUUUUACAUUAAUGGAGGAACAGCUGAUUAUGAAUAUAACAAUGAUGAAGAAUUUUUUAAAGCUUUCCAUACUAAGAAGGAUAACAAAGAAAUAAUAAUACACAGUCCAUGUUUUGACAUACAAGAUGUAAAUUCCUGUAGGAGUAAUAAAAACUGUUUUUAUGAUAAUCUAUAUCAUACAUGUUUUCAAAAUUGCAAAAUUCUAGAUGAAAGUGAAUGUUCAAAAUACACCGAAUGUAAGAUCACGAACAAUGGAUGUGAAAAUGAAGGAUAUCUGAACAUCCAAGUAUUCGAUGCAGAUAUUGGAAAAGACGUGCGUGCAUGUGAGCUCUUCGAUACAGAAGGUUCAUGUUAUAUGAUGGAAGAACUUUAUAAAAAUUUUGGAAAUGAAAAAAAAACAAAUUUUAACUGUGCAUGGUUGUCAUAUAAACAUGAAUUCAAAAAGCACAAGGAAGAUGGCAUUGGGAAGGGUUACAAAAAGGAAAAAGAGAAAAAGAAAAAUAAUGAAAUUAUUAAUGUUGCAGAAGCAGAUACUCAAAAUGGACAUACUGAUCAUUUCAAUUAUCAUGUGUUGAGAAAUGAUGGAAUAAGAGACAUUGGCAGGGAUGAAAAAUUUCUGUCUUUGCUGCAGAUAAAAUUAAAUGAGAAAAAAAAUAAAAAACAAAAAGAUAGUAGUGUAGGAAAAAAUAACAAAAAUAAAAGUGCAAAGAAGGGGAAUACAAAUAGAGAUGAUGACAGUGAUAACGAAGAUGAUGAUAACCUAGAUGAGAUCGAUGAAGAAGAAGACCUUGAUAUUAAUAACAUGAAUGAUGAGGAAGAUCAAGAGAAGGGAGAUGAUCUUGAUAACGAUACAGAGGAUGAUAAUGAAGAUGAUAAUUUUCUGGAAAAGUCAGAGAAGAAGAAGGGUGGAAAUAAGGGGAAGGGGAAUAAUCAUCAAAACAAUAGCAUUGAAGGGAGCACUACUCUGGAGAAAAGUGAAUCAGGACAAAGAAAACCAAAAGACGACGCGAUAAUUUACGAGGGAAAAGAAGACGUCACUGAUCAAAGUGAAACAUAUGGUAACGUUGUUAAGGCAGAUGAUGAACAAGUACAACAGGAGAAGAUAAUACCAAGUCAAAUGGAAAUAGUGACUGAGAGUAUUAUUGAUGACACGAAUUCGAUUGAUAAACAUAACAAUAAUGAUGAUAAUAAUGAUGAUAACAGUAAUAGUAACAAUAAUAGAAGCAAUAAUAGUAACAGUAAUAGUGAAACUGACUUUAGAACUGAUAAAAAUAAUGAGCAUAUAAAAGAUAACAGGGAAGGGUUCUUACCAGCUAAAAGAAACAUGAGUAAUGUUCAGAAUGAGAAAGAAAUAUUAAGACAUAAUUUUAACAGUAACGAUCAAGACGAACAUAGCCAGGGCGAAAACUAUGAUGAAUGGAUACGUGUAGAAACACACAUCUGUGCUAAUUUAAAUGAAAGGCCUAACCCUUCUACCCUGUUAGAAGGAGCACUAAUAGCUGAAAAGGAGGCAGAAUUGAGAAGCAUUAAAAAAAAAUAUAAAGUGACAGAUGAUGAAAUAUGUGUUAAACCUUCAAAUGAAUUGCAUGCUUCUUUUACUCCAAGCAAAAAUUUUUAUGUACUUGGGGAAAAAAUUGAGUUUAAAUGUCAAAAUGGAUAUAAAAUAGUUGGCACAACAAAUGUAGGUGUAUGUGUCGGUAGAAAUACUAUCAUUCCAAACAUAAGUUGCCAGUCCUUAAACGAUUUUGAUGAUGUUCAAAAGGUGAAUAUACAGAAAAUUGAUAGUCUAAUUAAUUCAUGCAUUAGUCAUGGUUUGUCUAUGUUUGUCGUUUCCAUCGUUUUGGUUGGUAGCUAUUUCUUAGCCCUGUGA